ACUUUCAACAGUGUGAAAACAGUAAACACGAAGAAAAUACUACAUUCGCUAGUAGAAAUAUGUCGGCAACCGGGACAUUCACAUGUCUGUGUGAUACGACGGGCUGGGAGGUAUCUGGAGAACCUGCCAUCAGUUGCUAUUGUCAUUGCAAAUCUUGUCGUGUAUACGGCGGAGAUGCGUCCCAAGUAGCCGGUUAUACACCGGAACAGUUCAAGCUCACGAAAGGAGAAGACAAUCUCAUAAAAUACGAGAGUGCUCCCAGUAAGUUCCGACACACUUGCAAGACCUGCGGUUGCAUGAUAUACAACAUUCUCCCGAAUGGCCUGAAAGUAGUACCCUUGGGUGGGAUCAAUUGGGCCGACGAUGGAAAACCCGUGGUGCCUAACAUGCACAUCUUUGUCGGGGAUAAAGGACUAGAAGACAUAACCGACGGUCUUCCUCAACACGAGUCGUUCCCUUGAAAUAUUUCAUUCGCCACUGUAGAACCAUCGUCCAAAGGAUCCUCUGUAUACCGGGGCGUAGGUGGCGCUGUUGUGAGGUUUUUGAUCAAGUGUUGCUAAACGCACAGACGGUGAUGGCCGAUACCUGUUAUAGCGAGACUUUCAUUUGCCAACGGAUAUUAAACGAUUAUUGUUGUAUGCUAAUAAAAAAGGAUCAAAUACUA